AUGUUUCGCACGGCCACCUCCGUUUGCACUGGAAGAGAAGAAAGACGAGAAUCUAUCGAGCUUGCUAGGAAAAUUGCGGUUGGGCGACGACCUGUGGUGAAAGCUAAGCUCGCCGUGGCAUGGCUGCUUAGUUUGGGGAAAAGUCUCUUUGCCACUCCAGCAUAUUCACUGCCUCAGUACCCUGCACACUGGGCCCUGCCGUCUCAGACGUUGGACGGUAUGGCGACCGGUGAGAGGCGAUCAAAUCUCAGGUUGCUCAGGACGUCAUUGAUUCUGGACCAAGGCGACACACGCACGACUCGCCAUGGAGACUGUCUCAGACUGUGUACUUACAACGCGAGAACAGUUUCCACAGACGCCGACCUGCAUGCCCUUCUCGGAGCUGCAGAGCGUAUCAAAUUUCACGUGAUUGCUCUGCAGGAGACCAAGUGCAGAAGGAGCGACGUACGACAGAUGAAUGACGGUACACUCGUCAUUCGUGGAGAGAAGGUUCCGUCGCGAAAUGUAGGCGGUGUUGGUUUCGUUGUGCACCCAUCUGUCGUCCAUCUCGUCGAUUCUCACGAGAUCCUGUCACCUCGUCUGGCCAUUCUUCGCCUCCGCCCUCUGCGCCAAAAAUCCAUCAGUAUCAUCAACUGCUAUUCACCAACAUCAGCAGCUGAUGAUUCCGAAUUGGACGCGUUUUACGAGGAGCUGGAGGAAGUAGUCCACAACGAGAAGUCCUUUUACAAGUUCGUUGUCGGAGACUUCAACGCAAAACUAGGAAAGGCCACAGAAGAGGAAUACAGGAUUGGAAGAUUUGGACUAGGGGACCGGAAUGAAAAUGGCAAUCGUCUCGCUGGGCUGUUGUCCGCCGCUCGCCUCUUUCAUGGGAACUCUCUUUUCAUGAAAAAAGAUCAUCGUCGGUGGACAUGGGAAUCGCCCAAUGGCGCGACUCGUGCGGAGAUCGACCACAUACUCACCAACCGGAGGUGGUGUCUACUUGACGUCUCAGUAGUACCAUCCUUUUGUAGUGGUUCUGAUCACCGUCUCCUUCGUGCGAAAAUACGACUUAGCCACACGAUGGAAAAGAACAUGUGCUAUCGGCAACGAAGGAGAAAAGAAGUCGUCUACGACGAUUGCGUACUCGAGGACUCCCUGUCCCAAGGUGACUGGCACAUCGAGGAGGACCCAAACGUGGACUACGAGAUGUUGCUCAGAGGAUUAAGAGCUUGCGCUGAGCGUGCGUCGAAGCCGCGCACGACAAACUUGGAUCGAAUUUCGAAGACCACCAAGGAAUUGUUAGGAAGAAGAAGGGCUUUGAGGCUUGAUCCGAAUGCAUCGCACAUUGAGCGGUUAGUAGCAAACACUAGCUGCAGAAAAGCGUUGCAGGAGGAUCUUUUGAAGUACAGGCAGAAGAAGAUUCUAGAAGCAGCACAAAGAAGAACGAGUCUAAAGAAGUGCCGCAGGGAUCUCCGCGAAUAUAAUAUUCCGCUAGCAACCUUGCUGAGCGAAGACGGGACUCGCACGUCUUCUCGUCGUGAGAUGGAAAUCAUUACGGAGAGGUUCUACUCGAACCUUUUCCGUUCAUCAACUCCUGUGUCAAGCCCAAUCAUCCCCACUGGCGAAGCUCCACCACGGAUUCUCCCUUCGGAAGUAAGAGUCGCUAUCAAAAGCAUGAAACCUGGCACAUCCCCCGGACCUGAUUUUAUAUCAGCAGACUUUCUUCGGGCUGGUGGCCAUCCGCUUCAUGUAAUCUUAGCAGCGCACAUGACAUCCUAUCUUCAGAAAGAAAGGAUCCCAGACCAGUGGAAGACCUCGCGAACCGUUCUUACCCAUAAGAAAGGUGACCGAGAGGACCUUCGGAACUACCGUCCGAUAUGCUUGCUGAGCGUGUUAUACAAAGUAUUCACCAAGAUCAUCCUCACACGCAUAUCUAGGAUGAAGCCCAGCCUCAAGAACAAGCUGGAUUCCGCCAAGGGUUCAGCUGCUUGGACCACAUCCUGA